AUGUCCCACGAAGGUGAAGAAGAUUUACUGGAAUACUCUGAUAACGAACAAGAGAUCCAAGUUGACGCUACCAAAGCCGGUGAAGCUGGCCAAACCGCAGAUGCUACUGCCACUGGUGAAGCCUCUACCGCUGCCACUGAUGGUGACAAGAAGGGUUCUUACGUCGGUAUCCAUUCUACUGGUUUCAAGGAUUUCCUUUUAAAACCAGAGUUGUCUAGAGCCAUCAUUGAUUGUGGUUUUGAACAUCCUUCUGAAGUUCAACAACACACUAUUCCACAAUCUAUCCAUGGUACUGAUGUUCUAUGUCAAGCUAAAUCUGGUUUAGGUAAGACUGCUGUUUUUGUCCUAUCCACUUUGCAACAAUUGGAUCCUGUUCCAGGUGAGGUUUCCGUUGUUGUUAUUUGUAAUGCUAGAGAAUUGGCUUACCAAAUUCGUAACGAAUAUUUGAGAUUUUCAAAGUAUAUGCCAGAUGUUAAGACUGCUGUCUUUUACGGUGGUACUCCAAUUGCUAAGGAUGCUGAAUUAUUGAAGAACAAGGAUACCGCUCCACAUAUUGUUGUCGCUACUCCAGGUCGUUUAAAGGCUCUUGUUAGAGAUAAGUUAAUUGAUUUAUCUCACGUUAAGAACUUCGUCAUUGAUGAAUGUGAUAAAGUCCUAGAAGAAUUGGACAUGAGAAAGGACGUUCAAGAUAUCUUUAGAGCUACCCCAAGAGACAAGCAAGUUAUGAUGUUCUCAGCAACUUUGUCCCAAGAGAUUAGACCAAUCUGUAGAAGAUUCUUACAAAACCCAUUGGAAAUCUUCGUUGAUGAUGAAGCUAAAUUAACUUUACAUGGUUUACAACAAUACUAUAUUAAAUUGGAAGAGCGUGAAAAGAACCGUAAAUUGGCACAAUUGUUAGAUGAUUUAGAAUUUAAUCAAGUUAUUAUCUUUGUCAAAUCUACCGCCAGAGCCAAUGAAUUGACAAAAUUACUAAAUGCUUCUAACUUCCCUGCUAUUACCGUGCACGGUCAUAUGAAACAAGAAGAACGUAUUGCUCGUUACAAGGCAUUCAAGGACUUUGAAAAGCGUAUUUGUGUUUCUACUGAUGUCUUUGGUAGAGGUAUUGAUAUUGAACGUAUUAAUCUUGCUAUCAAUUACGAUUUACCAAAUGAAGCAGAUCAAUACUUACAUCGUGUUGGGAGAGCCGGUAGAUUCGGUACCAAGGGUCUAGGUAUCUCCUUCGUUUCCACCAAGGAAGACGAAGAAGUUCUUGCUAAGAUCCAAGAGCGUUUUGACGUUAAGAUUGCCGAAUUCCCAGAAGAAGGUAUUGACCCAUCAACUUAUUUGAACAACUAA